AUGGACGAGGUGAUCCGGACCGUACGCCAACUGCAGGCUACACCUCCACCUUCCCAGGUCGUUCCAGCCACCCCACCACCUUCUACAUCACCCGGUCCAAUCAACAACGUACACCUGCCCCUCCCAGAGUGGAUUGACGGCACCCCAGCUCACUGUAGGGGCUUUGCCCUACAGUCUGACCUCCCCCUUGCACGUCAUGCCGGGAUGGCCUCCGAGAGGGACAAGGUGGCCUUGGUGAUUUCAGUGCUGACAGGCCAGCCUCUGGAGGAGGCGCAUGCCGUCUGGGAGAGGACGGUCUAGAAGUACAGUCCUAUGAGCGCUUCACCCAACUCUUCCGUUCCUUUUUUCGACCACCCAACAGAGGGCUGAGAGGGAGUUGAGAGUCUCCUGUGUCUGCGCCAGGGGUCCAGGACAGCGUCUGAGUACGCUCUGGAUUUCUGGACGGUGGCUGCGUCCACUGGCUGGAAUGACCAGGCCCUGUUGACGGUUUUCCGCAGCGGGCUACAGGCGGACGUCCAGACCGAGCUGGUCUGUCGCGAUGAGGACCUCACGCUGGACCAGCUCAUCACCAUGGCCACUCGCCUGGAUAAUCUCCUGCAUGCCCGUCGUCGCCCAUUCAAGGGGUUCGGGUCUCUCCCAGGAACCUCCAGCGAGACUGAGCCCACGAAGGUGGUCACGGCGCACCUUCCCCCUGCGGAAUGUUAACACUGUCAUCAAAGGGGUCCCUGCUCCUACAGCGGGGAGUCGGACCACCCCGGAACACCUGUCCCAGAAGGAAAACCAGACGUGGAAGCGACAGGAGGUCGAGGAGCAGUCCUGCACCUUCCCAGGUAGGUGUGGAUGUGCCUUGCUCCGCUCAGUCCACCCAGCUCAUCCUCCUCCCUGUCACCUUCCCUGACUAUCCUGGUCCUCCACUGAGUCCUGCCCUAGUGGACUCAGGAGCUGCAGGCAAUUUCCUAGACCGGUCAGUGGCCUUAUCAUUACGCAUUCCUCUAGUCCCUUUACAAUCCCAUACCCCAGUCCAUGCCCUAGACAACCAUCCCCUAGGAACAGGACUGGUGCGUCAGACCAUGAUUCCCAUUUCCCUCACAGUUAAUCACAACCACCAUGAACGCAUCACUUUCCUCAUCUUAGACUCUCCUGCACACCCCGUAGUUUUAGGUUUCCCCUAGCUACUGUUGCAUAACCCCAGUAUAUCGUGGACAGAGAGGAGGUUGUUUGGUUGGUCGCAGGAGUGUCAGGGGAGGUGUCUCUCUGUGUCAAUCUGUGCCACCUCCAUAGAAAGUCCGGACCAGGCCACCCACAUCCCUAUCCUAGAGGAAUACCGGGACCUAAAGGUGGCCUUGGUGACACCCAUUAUUCCCCUGUCCCGCUUUGUGGCUCCUGUUGUGUGGAAUGUGGACACGGACAUCCGUUGA